AUGGUAUUCGAUCAAUGGCCGGACGAAUGGUACGAGGACAAAGUACAAAGUGCUCAGAUGCUGAAACUCAUUUAUCACGGUCGAUUUUUACACGGAUCAGUCACACUCCACGCACUUCAAUUAAUGCCCGGCAAAACGACAGUAAUGCAUUUGGUGACUAGGGAAAAUCUGCCGGAACCUAAUUCAAGUGGUCAGUUUUAUUCGUUUAUGACGAGAUUUGGCAGGUGUUUUGAGGUGAAAACAAGACGAGACAAGAGUGAAAUUGACCUAAUUUGA